AACCCCGCCCCUUACCUGUGUUUAACAGGUGCAUAAGGUGCCAGCAACUGAUAUCUCGACUCUGAGACGUCUCGUCUCUCGUCUUAAUAAACAACAAUCGCAGGAACUUCCUUGAAUUUUACUAGGUGAAAUGCCAUACCCACAUGUGGAAAUCACGUUGACAAUACGUGAUGUUAUUUAGAAUUUUGGAAUGCAUAUUCUUGCUACAAUGCCAGAGCCCAGGGUUGAACAAACAUGACUUGCAUUUUUAGAGUAUGCCUUUAUUAAAACUACAUAACCUACAUACAUUAAAUAACCACGAUGCUAUGUGAAAUGUAUGCUCAGUCCAGUUUGUCUAAGUUCUAAAGUCAGACGAAUGCCAUGGAGAUGUAUGAGAAAGUUCUUACCAUUGGUAGGGGGGCUAGUGCAGAAGUCUUCUUGAUGAAGCAUACAGAGACAAAGAAGCUAUUCGCAAUCAAAAGGAUACAGAUAGACACCUCUCGAAAGACAAGAAGCAAAGAGGCGGUUCUGCAAGAAGCUGAAAUCCUGAGGAAGCUCAAGCAUCCCCACAUCAUUACCUGCCAUCACCAUUUCUUUGACUCAGAAGAUGAGUAUAUUUACAUUGUGAUGGAUUACUGUGAUGGUGGGACUUUGGAUGACCGUGUCAAAGAGGGGAGAGGUUACCUUUCAGAGAAAGAGGUGAUGAGGUGGUUCGUCCAAUUAGCAAUGGCUGUGCAGUACAUUCACUCUGUUAAAAUACUCCACAGGGACAUCAAGACGGCCAAUGUCUUCUUAACAAAGAAGGGCAUGGUGAAGCUUGGAGACUUUGGAAUAUCCAAAGUCAUGAAUAACACUAUGGACAUGGCAAGCACUUGUGUGGGGACUCCAAGCUAUUUGAGCCCAGAGCUUUGUCAGGAUGUACCAUACAGCUCCAAGUCAGACAUCUGGGCCCUUGGAUGCUUGUUGUUUGAGAUUUGUGCAUUAAAACCUCCUUUUGAUGCCAAGAACCUUAUCAGUCUGUUCUAUAAAAUUGUAAAAGGGGAAUACAGCAAGGUGCCAGAGAUCUACUCUAAAAAUCUACAUAGUUUGGUUAAAAUGAUGCUCAACACCCUCCCAGAGGAAAGACCCAGUGCUAGUUGCAUCCUCAAUGUGGCUUACGUGCAGGAGCAUCUUGGGAUUUUUAUUAAGGAACAAGAAAUGCAUCUAACAAGACAGCUGACUAAGCCCAGUGGUGAAAGUGGGGGUGCCCAAGCGUCAAUCGAACCCCGCAGCAGAAGCGCCAUUGCUCACAAGAAAAAAGGAAAAGAGCAUUGCAGACCUAAAUCAGCUCCACCAUCCCUCACAGAGGAAUCAGAAGAAGAUGAAGAGGAUGCUUGUGAGUCAGACGAGAAGGAAGAGGCUGCCAAUGUUGGAGACGUGUCAGACUAUUCUGAAGACUUUGACGAUCAGGAUAGUCUAUCUUCAAUAGAGGAGCACAUAGAGGAUGAAUCAUCUGAGCCAUCCCCUGUGCAGAAUGAAGACAUUCCUGAAGAGCUAGAAGUUUCUUACGAUGAAGUAGAUUUGAACGAGUACCCCGAUGACUUUGAGGAGCCGGAGGAAAAUGACCUCACAGAGGUUGUUAACAACGCCCGGAGUGCCAUGGAGGUCACGGCAGAGAAUGAUGCUUUCCAAGAGGAGAGGGGGGGAGGAGAACAAGGCGGUGCGCUGUCCGCCACUUUAAAAGCACUGCGAGAUAAAUGUAUAGAUGAUGUCGGUCAGACGCUUUAUGAAGAAAUCAGUUCUCAUUUCCUGAGGGGUAUGACUGCGAGUGAUUUGCAGCCCCAGUUCGAGCACAAAUUGGGGCCAGACCAGCUGGAGACCUGCUACCUCAUCUUCAGCAUGGACCAGGAACAAACAUAGACUGCCCUUUUUGUAGCAUUUUUAGAAAGCAGGACUUCAUGUUGUCCAAAGACUAUAGUACUAAAGAAUGCAAUAAUGGUUAAUGCUUGUUGUAAAUAUAUUUUUUAACUAGUUUGCCAUGGAUUUGGCAUUAAUCUCUGGUUCUCCACUUUACAGUGGGAGUUAUUGCUAUUAUAGGUCAGUUUAUUUUUUGUGUUAGGAUUAGGAAUAUUUUAAGGUCCACUGACCCAGCAAGGUUUUCUUCAGUUGAUGUUGCUUUGGAUUCAGUGAUCUUUGCUGGUUGAGAAUGUUUACCAGCCUUGAAAUAAUGUUGAAGUUUAUGAUUUUAAUAAGGUUAUGAAUAUCACUAUUGUUUAUGAAAUUCAGAUAAUUGUACUAAACAGAAAGCUAAAAAUAUCUGCCUUUGUAUCUGCUAAAGUACUCAGAUAGAAUUUGAUCUUAGCUGACUGCAAUUCUUAAAGGCAAUUGGUGUAGUACUUUAGGACUUUAGUUAAUGUUGAAAAAAUAAAACAUUGACUUAUGUAAUGAAGUAGCUUAGCCAAAGUGUCUUGACUGUACAUUAGAAAGUGCCAGCUCCAUCAAACGCCUACUGUGGAUCAAGUAUCCUUUUGUAUUGCUGGCAAUAGAGUGGAUACACAGACUAGAAUAAUAUUAAUUGAGAUGGAUUUUUAGAAAAAUAUAUGAAUACUAAAUAAUUUAACCACAUCUUAUUUAUGUAUCUUAAAAAAAGUUUACUGAUUAAAAACUGCUUUUGGUUAGAUGUGUGCAAUUGAUUAAAUGAAAAGUUAGAGAAUUUAAACAGUAGGGGGCAGAACAUGUCUUAUAAAAAUAUAUAAAAAUCCUGUACUGGUUAAAUUGUCAGUGGAAACUUUGAUACCAUUAUAAAGUUAUUGCCAUAUAGAAGGCUAUAUCCCUGCUUUAUUAAAGUAUAAUGAUCUUAAAAUUAGACUUAGUUAUACUUUUACAUUUCUUUAUGACAAUUUUUUAUUUUUUAAAUACGAUACAUAGAAUAAUAGUUUUUUUAUACCAUUUUCACACAUUCCUUUAUAGGAAAUAGAACUAGGCAGGGAAGGCUGUCAUGCAGUUUUAGAUAUUAAAAGAAUUUACAUUCUGUAGGAAAAGUUUACAAAAUUGUAUUGGAAAUGUACUGUGGGUAGACUUUCUGGUGCAGUGUAAAGUUUGCUUCAUAUUUCUGUAUCAGAUGACCUGUUUUAGAUGGAAACCUCAUAUUAAGACUAGCUAAAAACAUGUGUCUCUUCAGUUGAAUAGCCUGCAUGACUGCUCAGCAGCUUAUCCCGAAUGUGAAAUAAAACAAGAUGAGAGGAAAUGUAUGCUACCGUGUAUCUGUGACAUUUCCUGGCUGGCUUUAAAGAGAAUUCAAAACAACCACACUAGCCAAACUUAAUGAAAUGUACAAACACUUGAUGAAAACUGGAGCUAUGCAGAAGAUAAGUAUUCAAAGAUCAGGAAAGAACACACAUCAAAAGGUAAUCCGUAAAGUGGACAAAGUGUCCAUGAGGGUUUGCUCUUUAGUUUGCUAAGUGCUGGUUGUAAAAAUGACUUUUGUGUGGCAUUUUCCCCACUGGGUUUCAUUCAUUCAAAUUACAUACUUUAUUGUUGGUCUGUCUGUCAUGGUUUU